AUGGCGACUGUACCGUGGCAGCGGAUAUGGGAAAUCGUGAAGAAGAACAGCUCCUUUCUCGUCAAGGAGUUCGGUAAUGGAACUCAGAGUGUUCAGUUCAGCAAAGAACCUAAUAAUCUCUACAAUGUUAACUCCUACAAACAUUCUGGACUAGCCAACAAGAAGACGGUGACCAUCCAGCCUGCUGGUAAGGACCAAUCUGUUAUGCUUGCAACGACUAAGACCAACAAACAGGGAAAGCCUGCAAGUUUGCUUCACAAAAGCAUUUUGAAAAAAGAGUUUUACCGUAUGGUAAAGGCGGUUUCAAACCAGGUGGCAGAUAACUAUUACAAGCCAGAUUUGAAGAAGGCUGCUCUUGCAAGGUUGAGUGCUGUAAACAGGAGCCUUAAGGUUUCAAAGUCAGGUGUGAAGAAGAAGAAUAGACAGGCUUCCAAGAUCAGAGGUAGGAAAUGAAACCAGGUUCAUCAGCUGGUUUGAUAUUUUUAUCAUUAUGUUUUCUGAUUGCCCUAUUUGUUUGUUAUCGUUUGGUUCUGCAUGGGUUAUGUACAACUCUUUUCGUUAGAAAUUUUUUUCCGUAUACAAUUCUUAUUCGUCUUUGGCAAGGAGAUAUGGGAUGAAUAUCUUAGGUGGUUUCGGUUUACAGUUAGAAUCACUAUUGUAUAGGCUCGAUAAUAGACCGGAAUGAGUUUCAUUCCUGGCCGCUUAAAAGACAAAACCUAUGAGCCAAACACACAUAUAAGAUGCAAUACCUGUUUUUUGAUAUUUUAUUCCCAAACAUUCAUAGUAGAAACAUUCGUUUUCCUGAUCCACCAGAUACGCACUUAUGAUUACUCCAGUGGCUU